UUUCUAAAAUCCACACGAAAUUGAAUUUAAAGAAAAAUAUCAAAAAACACAUAUCUCUCUAAAAAAUCUAAUGAAAAGUGUUUAUAAAAAUAAAAUGUGUGUUUACAAUUAUUAUCAAAUAAAAAUAAUUGAUAAUAAUCUUAUAAUAAAUGCAUUUAUUUAAGAACAAAAAACAAAUAAAUACUCACCAAACACGUUUUUAUAACUUAACUACAUUACAAGCUUGUGUACAUUUAUAUGGAACCCAUCCAGGGAGGGAAUCUUGGAAUAAGAGAUAACCAAAUAAAAUUUACAAAAUGGAUAAAAAUCAUGUUGAACAACUAAAAAGUAUUUUAAAAACUAUUGAAAAACAUCCCAAUGCAAAAGUUUCAAAACUUAUUAAAUGUUUUGAGAUUGAAAGAACCCCACAAAAUAUUGCUCUUCUGCUUAUUGAAUUAGCGGAACACCCUGAAUUCUCCGCUGACACAACAAUAUCACUUAAAUAUUAUCUAGAUUGCUUUAAAGAUUUGGCUCAAGAGCCAUCGUUUGCAGAAGCUGGUAUUAUUUUAUUUAAUUCUUCUAAAAUAUAUGCCAAAAGAGUUGAUCAUAUUCAUCAAGAAAUUGAAAGACUCAUAUUGUCUUUGAGUAAUGUUGAAGAAACUGCACUCAAUCCAAAUGCAAAUAAUGCCUUACAAAAUCCAGUGAAAGAAAAGAGGGGAAGAAAACGUACCCUCGAACAAAUAAAUGGACCCUAUGAAGCCAAUAUGAGUGCUAAACGUAUUAAAAUGCUAUCUAAAAAUAAACGUUUUGAAAAUGCUGCUGUUCCCAAAGGCAAUAGCACGCUCAAAAAAACUGCAGUAAAUGAUAUAGAUAAAACUAUGAAAACGUAUAUUCCACAGGCAACUUGGCAACAUUCGAUAAUUGAAGAUUUCGAUUAUGAAGAUGAAGUUGACUCUAAAAAGAAUUACAAGUUAUUCACUUACCAUCUUGAGCAUAGAUAUAAUACACUCAUUCCAGAUAUAAACUUUAAGAUGUAUUUCAAAAUCAAAGAUUAUAUCGAUGAUAAUUGUAAUGAUUUGAAACUUCCUGAAUCAUGGCCACCCUUGUCAGAUGCUUAUAUUGAACAAUAUUUGAAUUUGGAAGAUGCUAUUUUGGUUAAAGAGGGACACUUUGAAAAGUGUCAAGAAAAACUAGAUGGUCCUAGUUUUGAAGCACUUGCUCGGAGUUUUCUUAAUAAAAGUAAAGAUGGAAGUUUAAAGAAAACUCUUUCAAUACCCGACUCAGGUAUUGAAUCUGAUUUGAAUUCCAGUUUUAAUGAUACUGAUGAUCACAUACAAGCAAAUUGUUCAGAAAAUGCGAGCACUCAACUUGUUGGAGCAUCACAAAUAAGUAUUUGUGAAAGUAAUAAUUCGGCAAGAAAUUCUAGUUCAGAUUCAGGUAUUGAUUUGGAUACAAGUAGUGUUCUAUCUCAAUUAACUGAUGCAGCUCAAAUAAGUAAUGGAAAUAUAUUGGAUAAAACAAAUUUGAAUUCAGAUUCAGGCAUUAAUUUGGAAACAAGUGUUGAAUCUCAAAUAACUGAUACAACUCAAAUCAGCAAUGAAGAUUUAUUGAAGAAAAUAGCUUUAGAACCAGAAUCAGAAAAAGCUUGUACGGAAACAAUAACAGAUUUUUUAGCACCAAUAAGUGCUGAAAACGGGAUUCAAGCAAAUGGAGAGACCGUAGAGGUAACACAAAAUGAUCCAACUCUAGCUAAUGUGGUACUCCUUGAAAAAAAUGACGAAUCGUUAGAUAAAAUGAAUAAUAAUGAGCAAUCGCCAUUAACAGAUUCGUCAGCACAAACAAAAGAACAACAGAUUCAAAUAAAUGGAGGGAAUACAAACCUUACCAAAACCGAUCCAACACUUCUUGACCCUUCAAAAUUAGAAGAAGAUCUAUCUACUUUGAAAUUAGUGCUGCCUCAUAUAUCCGACGAAGCUAUAUACAUGUCGGAUCUUGACGAGAAAGAUCGUCAAAUGCUGUCACCUUCUGUUGUCACUACAGAUGUUUUUCGCUGUCUCAAAGAUAAAAGUAAUAUUGUCAUCAAAGUCGACGAUACAAUCGAACAUCUUUUCAAAAUUAAAGAACCAGUUCAAGAAUUUUGUUCACUUCCAUUGUAUGAAAGACCGGAUUUCUCACUUCUUCUAAAUAUAUUAAAAAUUCCACUAAAACACUUCAAUAAGAGGAGAAGAUUUAAACUUGGACCAGAUUUUGAUCUCCUUAAGAAAGAACGUCUGAAGAAAUAUGUUAGACGUUCAAGUAUUAGUAAAUGUUCUGCUCCCAAAAAAUUGACUCGUAUGAUUGAAAAUGUUAGAGCAGAGCAUAUUUCUCCUCCGUCAACACCAUCAUAUGAACCAGAUUGGCUUGGCUUUCCAGAAGAAUCUUUAAUGGAUAAGAAUCGUACAAUGAGCAGAGAUUCUGGAAUAAGUUUGCAUCAGAAUGAAGACUUUGUAGAAUCACCUGAUCUACUAAGUAGUACUUUGAAUACAAUAGCUUUUGAUGAUGUAUCCAAUGAAAAUAAAAACAAUGGAGAUUCUUCAACAAAUAUGUCUGGAGACUUACUACCUGUACCAAAUGAACUCCAAGAAAAUACAGAGUCUUCAAAACAAUUGCCUGCAGAGUUACCUGCUGUAUUAAAUGAACCUAAAGAAAAUACGGAUUCCACAAAUAUGCCAGCAGAGUUACCUGCUGUUUCAAAUGGCUCUCAAGAAAAUACAGAAUCUACAAUUGUACCAGCAGAAUUACCUGUAAGUUUAGAAACGGUUUCAGUGACCCCUCCAGAGACAAAUAACCCUUCUGAAACUGGUGAAGUAAUUAAUAAUAUAAAUGAAAACAUAAAUAACAGUCUCGAAGACCAUCAGAACAAACAACUCGAUGACUUGAAUGAGGAAAAUCGUAUCAGGGCAAAAGUACAUCAAUGGCAUAGUCACCUGCAGCCAAUACUUGCAUGUUCACGUGAGCGGCAUCAUUUUGAUGUGUUCGCAAUUGGAACCGAAAUUAUGACGCAAUUUGACCGAAAUGACGUCUGUAAUGAAAAAGUUUCUUUCAAAAAUGUUAUGGAAGAAAAAGACGAAUCGCUUAUUUCAAGAUAUUUUUUGUCAAUGCUUUUAUUGGCAAAUCAAGGAAAUAUACGAAUCGAUGUCCAAAAUAAAAGUACAGAUCAACCCAGUGAAUUACAUGAUAUUCGAUUGCAGCUGUUGAGUCGAAAGCGAAACAUUGUGUCGCUUGAAGACAAUAUUGGUCUUAAAACGCCACUAGCUUCUGCUACACCUCAAAUCAAUAAUGAAUCAUCUGCUGUUGCAAUAGUACGGACAUUAAAAAUUGUUCCCCAAGUACCGAAAAUGGACGAUCUAGACUCGGGGGUUGCAAUGUCUGAAGAAUUCAGUGGAUAAUAAGAAUUACAAUAAUUUUGAACCCUUAAAGGAUUUUUUCGUUCAAUGUACCUGAUUGAGAUAACUUAGAAUAUUUGCUUUCAAAAUUAUGUAUGUAGUUGAAAUAGUGGACAUAGUUCAAAUAUCUUUUAAUAAUUUGACAUUUUUUUUUUAAUUAUGUUUUAUUAUUAACCAGUCAGUUAUUUAUAGAAUCUGCAUGUACAACUGCAUUAAAUGUACUAUUAAAUCAAUAAAAUAAAAAUAGAGGCCAUUGAAAAUGAGUUCCAAAAAUACAAAACAUUGGGUUCUUUCAUAAUUGCAUGAUGCUUUGUUAACAUGCGGCCGUUUGCGAUCAGACUAAUGCCAGAGAAAAUAUUUGCGCAUAUGUGCAUUGUUAUGGAUAUAUGAACCCUUUUAUUGAUUUGCGUCAUCUGUCAAAAUUUUGAAGUUUGGAUUUCGAUUCGUGUUCCUUAAAAUGGAUUCCACAAGGCAUUUUGAAAACUUUGGACAGAUAUGAACAAUAAAAAGCCUUACAUUUGUCAUUUGCAUUCAUCAAAGCUUUGCAUUCGUUAAGACAUGCGCAACCAUGCAUUUAUGAAAGCACCCAUUAAUUCCAUCAUAAUUUGAAAAUCUAGCAAAUCAAACAAAAACAAUAGCAAUAAUAUUAAUAUAAUGCAAUUCAUAGAAUCUGUAAAUAUGUAUUUAAUUUAGUCAAAUAUGAAUUGAAGCGUUUAGAAUAACUAAAUAGGAUUUUUUUUAUAUUUAUGUGAAUUCCUUUAAAAAAAAUUGAUUAAAAAAAAUGUAUUCAAUAAAUCAUGUUCGGCACAUUGCUUAUGACAAGUAAAUCGCCUUAAGAUCGAUUUUAAUAGGAUUUAUUAAAUUUUAAUAUUUUUUUUAAAUUAAUUCGAAAUUAGCUUUUUGCCAACUGAUUAAAUAUUUUAGGUAUACGUUAGAUUUUAAAAAAUGUAGGGUAUCCGUAUCCAUAAAAGACAAAACUACGGUCUUGGUUUCAAUUUUUGUAAAACA